AUGAAUGUGAGAAGAAGGGGACCAUCUAUCUGGAACUUUUCUGCCUCAAAACCAGAUUUUUACAGGAGGAAACAUACUGUGGGAAUAUCCUCUCCAGACUCGGUACAUCGCAAGCUGAAGAUCCAGUUUCAGGAUCAUUACGACAACCCACGUGGAAAAGGCCGAUCACUCGUCAUUCCCCGAAACCAAACGGAGUACGGAGUAGUGGACCUCAAGCUUCAAUAA